AUCUUAAAGGAAGAGUUUUUAAUUCCGGCUCAAAUUACUCCCCAGCAAUUAGCCCAUGACCUUAAUAUUUCGAAAAAAGAAACUAAGGAAAUUAUUGCCACUAAGAGAGACCUGACCAAGGAUAUUGCUACUCGCUUAGCCUUAUAUUUUCAUACCACCCCAACUUUUUGA